AUGACUCAACCAGCUACAGAAAUGAUCCUGGAUCCUACUAAGUUACCUAACACAACUACUGUCUCACAAACAAAAGAAUUACCAAAAGUUUUGGCUGAUUUUAAAAAAUACGUUGAUUCCAAGUUCUGUUAUUACUCUGAACCUGCUGGUAAUGCUGACUUAAUAAAUGUUCAAAAAAAAGUAGCUUAUCAAUGUCAUAUGAAAAUACUGAUGGAAGGGAGACGCUUACAUUGGGAAGAAACACCACAUCCUUGGGGGGGAAAUGAGACAUUUUUGGGGAGUACCACUUUAGGUCGAUUUUUUGAGAACACUACACGUUAUGGUCAAGGAAUGGGUGAUAUUUGGAAUGAUUAUAGUUUCGCUCUUCCAUCACAUGAUAAGAAAUCGAAGAUUAGACGACAUUUACCUGAAGGAAAUUAUUUGACAAGAUGUACAAGGUGUCGAGGAAAAUGUAUUGUGACAUGUAUAUACUGCCUUGGAGACGGACGGAUCAACAAUAACACAGAGUACUGUUCGCAAUGUCAUGGGGCCGGUAAAAAAAGAUGCUCACGCUGCAAAGGAUUAGGAGGCUUUCUUCAUUCGCCUACAUUAGUCGUUAAAUGGCAUACACGAAAAUCAACAUGGUAUUGUCAAAAUUCAUAUUUACCUAAAAAAAAGAUUCGGAAAGGAACUCGAACACAGUUUUGGUCAACACGAAUAGUACCUUGGUCAGAACGUUCAUCCGUGGAGAAUGCUGUUCAAUCUGUUAUUGAAAAUGCUCCUGGAAUUGAUUUGAGACUGAAUAUUAUCAAUCAUUACAAUGACAAACAUUUAAAACCAACACGAUCUAAGAGUAUUAUUAUGCGACGAUUUCAAUGUACAGUUGAACGAAUGGAUUUUGAAGAAAUUCAAUAUACAAUGGGAGAUAAUUAUACAAAUAAACGAGAUUCUACAAAAGGAACUACUUUUCGAUUUUGUCAAUAUCCAGGACCUAAAGGUCGAUCAACGAUCUACGAAAACGAUUAUCCGUUGAAUUGCUGUGGUUGCUUUGGACCUACACUUGCAUGUUAUUCUUGUUGCUGUAAUAUUCUUUAA